AGAAGAAAGGGUUUCUGUAAAGUGAAACGAAAUUGUUCUAUAUAUAGCAGAGGUUUCAUCGGGAUAUCAACCAAUUGCUUCCUCUCUUUCAUCUUCAUCUUCAAUUAGAACUGCGAUCAUCAUCUAAUCUGAACAACGACUGGGAAUUCUAACUGUUCUCAGAAACCUAAGUUGAAAUCUGGUCAAUGGCGAACCGGAACUUGGAGAAAUUGGCAUCGAUUGACGCGCAGCUGAGGCAACUUGUUCCUGGGAAGGUUUCUGAGGAUGAUAAGCUUGUGGAAUACGAUGCUCUUUUGCUAGAUCGGUUUCUAGAUAUUCUUCAAGACUUGCAUGGAGAAGAUCUCAAGGAAACGGUUCAAGAAUGCUAUGAACUGUCUGCCGAGUAUGAAGGGAAGCAUAAUCCUCAGAAGCUUGAGGAGCUUGGAAGUGUACUUACUAGUUUGGAUCCGGGGGAUUUGAUUGUUAUUUCAAAGGCAUUCUCUCACAUGCUUAAUUUGGCCAAUUUGGCGGAAGAGGUUCAAAUUGCUCAUCGUAGACGGAUUAAAAAAUUGAAGAAAGGGGGUUUUGGAGAUGAGAACUCUGCAACAACCGAAUCAGACAUUGAAGAGACGCUAAAAAGGCUGGUUUCAGAGCUAAACAAGACUCCUGAAGAGGUUUUCGAGGCUUUGAAAAACCAAACAGUGGAUCUGGUCUUCACAGCUCAUCCCACUCAAUCUGUUCGACGAUCCCUGCUUCAGAAACAUGGAAGGAUAAGGAAUUGCUUAGCCCAAUUGAAUGCGGAAGAUAUAACUCCUGAUGAUAAACAAGAACUCGACGAGGCUCUCCAAAGGGAGAUUCAAGCUGCCUUCCGCACAGAUGAGAUUCGAAGAACUCCUCCCACACCCCAAGAUGAAAUGAGAGCUGGAAUGAGUUACUUCCACGAAACAAUCUGGAAGGGUGUUCCCAAGUUCUUAAGACGUGUAGACACUGCUCUCAAGAAUAUUGGAAUAAAUGAGCGGGUUCCAUACAAUGCCCCUCUUAUCCAAUUCUCUUCAUGGAUGGGUGGUGAUCGCGAUGGUAAUCCGAGGGUUACACCUGAGGUCACUAGGGAUGUCUGUUUGUUGGCUAGAAUGAUGGCUGCUAACUUGUACUAUUCUCAGAUAGAAGAUCUCAUGUUUGAGUUGUCCAUGUGGCGUUGCAGUGACGAGCUUCGUGCUCGAGCUGAUGAACUACAGAGGUCCUCAAAGAGAGAUGCCAAACACUAUAUAGAGUUCUGGAAACAAGUACCUCCAAACGAACCAUAUCGUGUUCUCCUUGGUGAGGUGAGGGAUAAACUAUAUCAAACACGCGAAAGGUCUCGACAUUUAUUGACCAAUGGUGUUUCAGACAUUCCGGAGGAGUCCACUUUCACUAACGUGGAGCAGUUCUUGGAACCACUUGAACUUUGCUACAAAUCUCUUUGUGCAUGCGGGGAUCGUUCGAUUGCUGAUGGAAGCCUACUCGAUUUCUUGAGACAAGUGUCCACUUUCGGGCUCUCUAUUGUUCGACUCGACAUAAGACAAGAAUCCGAACGCCAUGCUGACGUUAUGGACGCCAUAACGAAGCAUCUCGAGAUCGGAUCUUACCUAGAAUGGUCGGAGGAAAAACGUCAGGAAUGGCUCUUAUCCGAACUAAGCGGAAAGCGGCCAUUGUUCGGCCCGGAUCUUCCCAAGACGGAAGAAAUAUCGGACGUACUGGACACGUUCCAUGUGAUAUCGGAACUUCCAUCGGACUGUUUCGGAGCUUAUAUAAUCUCGAUGGCCACGGCUCCUUCCGAUGUCCUAGCAGUAGAGCUUCUGCAACGCGAAUGUCACGUGAAGAAUCCUUUGAGGGUUGUUCCUUUGUUCGAGAAGCUUGCCGAUCUCGAGGCUGCCCCUGCUGCUGUUGCUCGUCUUUUCUCGAUCGAAUGGUACAAAAACAGGAUUAACGGGAAACAGGAGGUCAUGAUUGGGUACUCUGAUUCUGGAAAAGACGCUGGACGUCUAACCGCAGGGUGGCAGUUGUACAAGGCUCAAGAGGAGCUUGUUAAGGUUGCUAAGAAGUAUGGUAUAAAGUUGACCAUGUUCCACGGCCGAGGUGGGACUGUCGGUAGAGGAGGCGGGCCGACUCAUCUUGCUAUAUUGUCUCAGCCGCCGGAGACUGUUCAAGGUUCACUUCGAGUUACGGUUCAAGGUGAAGUCAUUGAGCAAUCGUUCGGUGAGGAACAUCUUUGUUUCAGAACACUUCAGAGGUUUACAGCUGCUACUCUUGAGCACGGGAUGCAUCCUCCUGUAUCUCCAAAACCGGAGUGGCGGGCAUUGAUGGACGAAAUUGCAGUCAUUGCCACUGAGGAAUACCGGUCCAUUGUUUUUAAAGAACCUCGAUUCGUGGAGUACUUCCGUCUGGCUACACCGGAAUUGGAGUACGGGCGAAUGAACAUUGGAAGCCGGCCGUCGAAAAGAAAGCCUAGUGGGGGAAUUGAAUCUCUUCGUGCUAUUCCAUGGAUCUUCGCAUGGACUCAGACGAGGUUUCAUCUCCCGGUUUGGCUUGGGUUUGGUGCGGCAUUCAAGUACGCGCUUAAGAAGGAUGUUAGGAACAUCCAUAUGCUGCAGGAGAUGUACAACGAGUGGCCAUUCUUUAGAGUUACAAUUGACUUGAUUGAAAUGGUGUUUGCUAAGGGAGACCCAGGGAUCGCAGCUUUGUAUGACAAACUCUUAGUCUUGGAAGAACUAUGGCCAUUCGGCAAGAAUUUAAGAACCAACUUUGAUGAAACAAAGGCCCUCUUACUCCAGAUUGCAGGGCACAAGGAUCUUCUAGAAGGAGACCCUUACUUGAAGCAAAGAUUGAGACUACGUGACUCGUACAUUACUACACUAAACGUGCUGCAAGCGUACACGUUGAAGAGGAUUCGCGACCCGAACUAUCACGUGAAGCUGAGGCCCCAUAUCUCGAAGGAGUAUUUGGAGUCGAAACCUGCAGAUGAACUCAUAAAGCUGAACCCGACAAGCGACUAUGCACCUGGUUUGGAGGAUACCCUCAUCUUGACCAUGAAGGGUAUUGCUGCUGGCCUACAAAACACCGGUUGAAGAAAAACCAUCCCUUUGGUUUGUGUUUGUUUGUUUGUUUUGUUUUUAUUGUCUUCAUGCUUUGUUUGUUAAGGGAGAAACAUUGGCAGUGUGGCUGGCUCAAGCCCGAGUCAGUUUAAUAAGUUAAGGUCUGUGCUUGAGAAAGCCGACCAACAAUAAAAACCUUGAGCUUAGAUGUGUUGUGUUAAAUUGAGUUGGUUAAUAUUUUAUUUUC